AUGGUAAUGAUGUUUGACAAUAUUCCUAAAAUUUCAAGUCUGCUAGCCGGGGCCACAGUUGUUUUCGCCCUUGGUUUUGUUCUUCUCUUUCCUCAAUGGCUCCGGCGCGCAGCUUUCCCUCCGAACGCCCCCAAGGAAGUGACGGAGGGUUCCCUAUUUACCGGGCGCCUGAAGUUCUUCUCUGACCGUCAUAAGUUCUAUUUCCAAUGCAAAGCACUCUCGCGUUCGGGGAACUUUAGUCAGUACCUUGGCAAUCAUCAAGUUGUCGGUCUAUCUGGUUUGGAUGGACGGAGGACGUUUUAUGAAGCGAAAGAGAUGGACGUGGAGGAGGGCUACAACCUCUUCUUCGUCACUAACCCCUCGUUGCGAGGUCCCGCCAAGCUUCCAAUCAACAUCCCUAGUUACCGGUUUCAGACGGACCUAAUCAGGGCAAUGCGCACCGAAAACUUAAAGAAGCGUCUCCCAUUUAUGCUACGCUCUACAGCCGCCUCCAUCAACCGUCUCAUCGAUCACGCAGUCCCAGUGAGGGUUAUAGACCCGUUUGAAGAGCUUGAUCUCGUGGGUUACCACAGUCUAAUGCAUCUUAUUGGCCUUGACGAGGUUACAGAGUCCAAGGAGCUCCCGAGAAAAACAUUGAGUCUGUUCCACCAGGUAGAGAAAUCGGACUCCCCAUUGCAUGUUAUUUUCCCUUUCCUACCGACACCAGCAUUUGUCAGGCGGGUGACAGCAAUAAUGCGGUUGUAUAAGGCGUUUAGGACAGUGGUCCAUAAACGACAACGCACUCUUAGUAGGAAAGAUGAUAUCAUACAGUCUCUGAUGGACAAAGGCCAAAGCAGUUACAAUAUCGUUAUCUUUAUCAUAGCGACACUAUUUGGUGGUCAGGCUAACACGCCCGUCAUGACCGCUUGGCUGUUGAUCCACCUUGCUAGUAACCCAGAAUGGAUGGACCGAGUCCGGACCGAAGUGGAUUCCUCACUUGUACGACACUCCACUGGCCAAGAGACACCGCAGCUGGUUCUUAGCCGACUUGACCUCGAGAUAUGGGAGUACGAGUUUCCCUCCAUUGACCUGUGUCUGCGGGAGUCUAUCAGGCUCCACUUCCUUGGCUCUGUAUACCGUCGAAACUGUGGUGAUAAGGGCAUACCGAUCGGAGAGACAGGAGAGGUCAUACCUAGGGGUGCCUUUGCGUUUCUCCUGGUAGAUGAUGUCCACUUCAAUCCGGCCAUCUAUCCCGAUCCAAACAAGUGGGAUCCGGGACGUUACCUCGCAGAUCGAGCGGAGGAUAAAAAGGUUCCACUCGGUUUCGUCGGGUGGGGAGCGGGGCGAAAUCCAUGCUUGGGGAUGAGAUAUGCAAAACUUUCGGUGACUAUCAUGGUGGCGCUCUUUAUAUCCUUAUUCGAUUUUACUCUCUGUGAUGAACAAGGUAAUCCUAUGGCUCAUCCACCCCAACCUGACCGAAAAGAGCAGAAUGAUGCCAGACCAAAAACACCUGCUCGGUUGAAAUGCACGGUCAGAAAGUCUGUGUGA